AUGGCAUUAAUUAAGAUUUUAUAUUUCCAAACACACGUGGGACACACAGUAGAUCUAGAACAUUUGCCAUUAACAAAAGAUUUGCGAGAAGUGAUUGCAGGUAAGUUAAAUGAAGGCAUUCCACCACAGAAAAUAUUAGAUUCCACAAGGAAUAGUAUUAAAGAAGACAUUUACAGGGAGCAUUUAUUGACAAAAAAAGACAUACAUAACAUUUCUAAUUCUUACUGUAUUGGUAAUGAUGAACAAUAUCAUCCAACUGAUGCUGUCAGUUUAAGGAUCUGGAUAGAAAAAAUGAAAUGUUUAGAUGAUAAUCCAGUUCUUUUUGUAAAAUUCCAAGGAGAAGCAGCAGAUCAGCACUUGGAAAUUAGUGACUUCUGCAUCAUCAUAAUGACAAAUGUUCAAAAGCAUAUGCUUUUAAAGUUUGGAUCCGAUAGCAUAUGCAUCGAUAGCACACAUGGGACUAAUGCUUACGAUUUUCAAUUAUCGACAGUUUUAGUCAUAGACGAGUUUAAUUCAGGAUUUCCUGCUGCUUUUUGCCUAAGCAAUAGAGUAAAUUUAGGUUCAAUGCAAAAAUUUUUUCAGUGUAUUAGGGACAAAGUUGGACUGCUGUCUGUAAACUGCUUUAUGAGUGAUGAUGCACCAGUAUAUUAUACUGCAUGGACAUCAGUAAUGUGUGAUGCCAAAUUUAGGAUUCUAUGCACCUGGCACGUUAAAAAGGCAUGGCUGCAAGCAGCAAAUUCAAUUAUCCCCUCAAAGCGAAAGGAAGUUUUGAAAUUUUUAAAUGUAGUAUCUGAAUGUCAUGAUAUAAAAGAAUUUGAAGCACUGAUAUCUGAUUUCCUCAGCAAACUCUUUGCUGAUAGAGAUACAGACAAGUUUGCUAAUUAUUUUGCUUCAAAUUAUGCAAACAGAUGUGAGUUGUGGGCUAAAUGUUAUAGAAAAAGAUGUAACAUCACAACUAACAAUCAUCUUGAAGCACUGCAUCGAGUUUUAAAAUAUUCUUAUCUUGAUGGAUUGAAAAACAAGAGGGUUGAUAGGUGCAUUGCGAAGCUUAUUAAUAUGGUGCAAGAUAAAUGGUUCCAGAGAUUUAUCAAAACAACAAAAGGGGCAAACACAUCAAAGAUCAACCAAACAAAUUUACGACACAACAGAGCAAUAAAUUUUCCAGCUAAUAAUAUCACAGAAAUCAAUGAGUUUUCUUGGCAUGUGAUUUCAGAAAGUGACCCUACUCUUGAAUAUACUGUUACUGUUACUCAAAUACAUACACAAUGCAUUAAUUGUAACAUUGUUUGUAAAUGGUGCAAAAUUUGUAACGAUGCAUUUGUAUGCACAUGCACAGAUGCCACGAUUAAAGGAAGUGUCUGUAAACAUAUACAUGCAAUAAUUUUAAAGACAAGAUUACCUAAUAGAGAACAGCCAGCUAAAACUAAAGAAUCAAAUGAUGUAAAAUCCUUUCUUGAUCUAUCAGCACAAAAAUUAAAAAAAUCAGGAACCAAGCACCAUAUUAUAGAUCAACUGAGUAUCAUAUCAAAACUUGUAACAUCAACAACAGUAAAUAAUAUAACUUUGGGAGAUAUUGAAAACACACUGAAUAAAGUGAUUACAAAAUUAAAGAACGAAAAGCCGAAAUUGAAAAUGGUGAACUAUGAACCUACAAAUAAAAAAGCAGAGAAACAAAAGAAUUUCUUUUUUACGAGAAAGAAAAGAAAAAGUCCAUGCAGUACUGAAAAUAUUGCAACAACUUCAUACAAGAAAGCUGCUAUAGAUGCCAUUGGAAAUAAUGAAACUCUUAUAAUUCAUGAUUCUUUUGAUCAUGCAUAUAUUGAUAUCUCAUCAUUUGAUGGUACACAUACAGUACAGUUAGCAACAUCAUUUUACACAAAACAUCGACAUAUAAUGUGUUUAUUAGGACGUAUCACAACAAUAUGUGCAAAAGAACUAAAAGUUUCAGCAUGA